ACUUAAUUCGCACUUGUUCAGCGUCCCACAAUACCAUACCAGAACAGCUCCAGAUUUAGCAUCGUGAUAUAGCAACCCGCAUCUAAAUUCCUCCAUGGCUGCCUCUCAGAGCCCAGCCCUCACUAGCGACAAACUCGCGGAGCUACCGAAAAGCUUCUUCGUGGCAGUAGAUGCCAAAGAUAUCGAUGCCGUGGUCUCGCACUUCUCCCCAGACGCCACACUCACUGUCCAAACUGGCCAUGCCACGUUCACGGGAAGGGAUGAGAUCCGUCGUAUGUUUGCGGAUUUCAUAAAUGGCUCCAAGCAGAUGCUACAUGAAGUCAAGAGCAUCGUGGUCGAUGAACCGAAUGGGAAGGUUGCGACUCAACAGCAAUACACUGGCGAGCUGCUCGACGGGACGCAAAAUGAUAUGUACAAUUGCAACUUCUUCGAUGUGGGCGCCGAUGGCAAAUUUACGCGGGUGAUAAUCUGGAUGGCUGGGACCAGUCCGUUGAAAUAGGUGGUGGGAAACGGAGUGUCAUACUUGCAUAUUCUAGGGGUUCCAUAUUUAGAAGGAAACGAGGAAGUUGUUGGGUUCUUUUGAUCUUUUUGCACUCUAUGGUCUUGCAUUUUGCUGCGAAUACUUUUGUUCGCCUCACGGUUUUUUGGGUUGCUAUAUAUAAUAUAGAGUGCAGUGAUAUGGAUAGAAGACUAAAAACGAGAGGACGGCAAAAGCAGUUUCAGUGGGCCUACGUGUCGAAGCUUUUGAGGAAAUCUGGAAUUCAGCUCUUGCGCAUCAACUUGGCAUCCAAUUCUAC